AUGGGGUCUGGCGUUCGGCUUCCUGGCUUGGGUUCCAUGCAUUCCUGUACGAGGGUACUGGGACUGGUCCUUGACUUCGGCUACGUGCUAUGCAUACGGUGCGCACUCGUCUCGAACAUAUCUGAGGUCGUGGGACAAGCUGACCACGCGACCGCAACAGGUGUCAAAAGGCAAGGGCCUUUCCUUGCGGUCUACACCACUCACGCAUCCCUGAACCUGGUCUUCGACCUUGCCGUGCUUUUAUGCGCGCUGCCAAUGUUUGCUCGUCAUAAUCGUUCGCGAAGGGAGAGCAUUUCGCUGUUUGCGUUACUAACCGUCGGGACUUGGAUCAUAGUCGUCUCCGCCUGGCGCCUGGGCACCAUCGUCCAACACGGUGCCGGCUGGGGCGGCUCCGACGAACCUAUGGACUUCACCUACUACGCCCCCAUCAUGAUCCUACUUUCAGGUGCAGAGGUCGGCACCGCGGUCUUCGCCGCCAGCAUACCAGUCUUCUGGCCCGUCAUCGAAUCGAAAUGGCUCGGCGUCCUCGUCACGCAGGAGAUUGUCGUCACCGAACAGCACCGCAACGGCGAACAGGGUCUUGAGCUGGAGAGGUCGUCCACACACAGCGGCGCUGGGAGUACGAGAAGCUUAAACCGGUCGACUGGGACAAGGGCGGCGCAGUACUAUCGGAACGCGCAGCUGGGAGGGUAUGUGGAUCCGUUCAAGAACGAAGAGCAGAUACAAGUCACGCCGUUCGGGUAUACCGCGGAGGUGCCACAGCAGCAGCGGAGGGACCGGGACAAGUAUGAGACGAUUCAUGGAUCUUAG